AAUCAAAUGAUUAGGAUGACACCAUAAAUAAUAAUAACAACAACAACAACAACGAAAACGACAAAUCCAUCAACGAAUUUUUACUUUGAAAUUCUGCAAAAAAAUGUUUUAUCGAUCGAUUUCAUUGUUGAUCACUGUUAUCAUCACCACUGUUCAAGCUGGUAAUUAUGGAAAUGGUGGCCGUUCAUUUGCUACCGCUGCUUCACCUAAUUAUAAUCAAGCUACAUUUCAAGCAAUGGCUACACCAAAUCAUCAAUAUCAAAUGAUUCAACCAAUACAAUUAUCGGCACCAACACCACAACCAAUUGGACCAGUAUCAUUAGCUGUACGUAGUCAACAAAAUGUUCAAUAUUAUGAUAUACCAAGUGUACAAACACAAGCACAACCAUAUCAGGUAAUGGUUGAAUCACAAUCCGUACCAAUGACAAUGAUGUUUCGUACAUAUUCAUCACCAAUGAAUGUUAAACAUCAACAUGUACAAUCACAAGGUAGUGUACAAGAAUCACAUUCAGAAGAUCAACCACAUAUAUUACGGCAUACUGUACAUAAACCAAUUGUACAGGAAAUUCAUGAAGUAAUAACACCAAUGCGUACUAUACGACAAGAAGUACGGCCAGUUGAAGAAAAUAUUCAAACAUUAGUUGCACGUAGUCAACCAUCAUAUGGUGGUGGAUAUGGUAGCCCAUCACCUCAACCACAAAUGAUUCCACAAAAUGGUAAUGGUGGUGGUAUUCCAUUAGCACCUGCUACAGGUGGAUUUAUUGGUGCAAAUGGUUUUAAUGCAGCACCAAUAGGAUUUGCUAGUUUUGUUCCAUCACCUGUACCAUUGAAUGGUGGUGGUGGUGGUGGUUUUAUUGGAUCAACUAAUUUUGGUAGUUUCGGUGGCGGGGGAACUGGUGGUAAAUAUGGUGCAUUACCAUCAUUUGCUGGUUUUGCAGCGCCACCACCAAUGCCGAUGCCUUUUUCCGGCAAAUAUGGUGGUGGUGGUGGUCCACAAAUGGCAUUUUUUGCUCCAAUUAGUCUUGCUGCACCUGGUGGUGGUGGUGGAUAUUGAUCAUCGAAAAUUAAAAUCAACAAAUUGUAAGCGAUGAAUAUUGU